CAUAUCAUCUGCAGGUGUGUGUGAUCCUCAUGACAGUCCGUCGUGCCAGAAGAAGAACGCUUUUCUCUCCUGCGCUCUGGAUCAGUUUCAAGGAUGUGAUGCAGUCCGGAAGCCCAAUGUGACAGUCCUGGAUCUGAAAUUUAGCGAAACGAAAAUACCCGAGACAAUCACGACUUACAUGUGUCAGGGAUUCGAACUAGAACUGGAGACCGAUCACCACAUCAUCGCCAGCGAACCACUCGUCGACAAUAGAAAUGUUCUGCACCACAUCAUUGUUUUUGCAUGCAAAAUCGUGAUCACCACCCCUCACCUCUGCGGAAUGGUCAGUGAGAAAUGUAUGCAAAUGAUCAGUGCCUGGACUGUUGGUCUGUCCGGUCAGUGCUUUGGACCAACAGCUGGCUACAGGAUUGGACCAACGAGCAAUACAAAACUCAUUCUUCAGAUGCAUUACUACAACCCGCUCAGAUCUAACAACUACACCGACGCCAGCGGGAUCCGCCUCCAUAUCCAGCCUGCAUUACCCGAGGUCCAAAACAUGGCCACAUUUUUCGUUGGUCAGAUGCAGCUGAUGCUUCGUCCAGGUCAAAGCCAGGUGAAAGAUUAUGCACAUUGCUCGGGGUCGUGCUCCAGUCACCUCCUUAAACAACCCAUCUACGUCAUGGCUGCCGUCAACCACAUGCAUUACCUGGGUCAGUCUAUACAAGUGGAACUCUUCAGAAAUGGAAAAAAGAUUGCAGACAUAGCCAAGGAUGAUCGGUUUAACUACGAUUCUCCAGUUACACAUAACCACAUGCCGCCACUGGAAAUCAGACCAGGCGAUGACAUAAAGACUACAUGUAUCUACAACACUUUGAACACCAACCAUUAUGUCAAGUUUGGAAACUCAACGGAAGACGAGAUGUGUUUUGGUUUUAUGUUUGUUUACCCACAAGAAGCCUUCAACAACUAUUUUUCUUGCGAGUCGCUUGGCCCAGCUGAUGCAUGUACUUUCUCGGAACGACAACCUGUAGCUGGAUGUAACUGGGAGCAGUUUGAUUUCACUCUGUAUAAUGCUUUAAAUAGAAAAUGCCCCUUAAGUGAAACAUGCACGCCAGAGUGUCGGGACAGCCUGAUGCCUCUCAGAGACGACCCUUGCCUCAGGGGAGAGGCCUCCACUUUCUAUAGACGUUUUCUUUUGGAUCGUCAGGGAGGCGAGACAAUCCUGGGUUGGCUCCAUUCCUGCAACAUAGACAUGCACAACUACUCUAAAACGGAAGUUGUAACAAACGUCCACGGCAGUCCAACAGACGCAUCUACCAAGAUAUCCACAAUGUUUACUGUUUUGAUAAUAUCCAUGGCUGUAGUCUCAAUAUAUGUGUAA